AUGACGGUGGAACCACUCUUCAACUCUGGAAGUAUUUCUGACCUUCCCGACCAUCUUCUCGCCUACCAAUAUCAAGUCGGAGGGCAUGGAACGCUAGCUAAAUCAGUGGAUUACAAGAUGCUUCGGCAUCCUCAAGAACCCAUUGUCUACAAGAGGCUGCCACCGGAUGAGAGAGGCAUUCUGGAGGCGAAUUUCUAUUUCAAGGUCUUUGGGGAGAACGCUUCACCCGAGAUUGCAAAAUUGAGACCCAUUGUCCCCUCGUUUCAUGGCCUCUAUCGGGAUUCAAACGCUGUUCUCUAUAUCGGACUGGAAGACGUGUUGUCUGGUUUGUCAAAUCCCAGUGUCUGCGACUUGAAGAUGGGUCGCGUCGCCUGUCCACCCGAUGCCAGUGAGGCUAAGAUUAAGGCUGAAAACGCUAAAUAUCCUCAUCGUGACACUGUGGGGUUCCUCUUUACUGGCAUGAAGGUCUAUGACCAGAAUUCGAACUGCUACCUGACAGUUCCUCGUCACUAUGGUCGAAGUUUGGACUUUGAAGCAGUGUAUGUCAACGCACUUCUGCCAUUUCUGCAAGGUGACCCUCAAUUGGCACGUGCCUUCCUGUCUCACGUAGAAGGUGUGGUGUCGAUAUUUACGGAUGAACCGCAGCUGCCGAUGGGAUUCUAUCGCUCCUCCCUGCUACUGGCUUAUGAUCAGUAUCGAUCCGACGUGGUUGUUCGAUUGGUGGAUUUCGCACACUGGCGACCAACUUUCAAGGCUAGCGACCCCUCCGGCAUCAUCCACGGCCUAAAUACUCUCAUAGGUUUUUUGAGUCGACUUGAUCUCUCCCCUGGCCCUAGCUACUCUGCUCCAUUCACUGUAGUUUAA